AUGGCCAAAACAGUGCACAUGCAACACAUUGGUUGUAUGCUGUCCGUAAGCCGUCUUGGAGCGAAGACCCACCAUCGGCAGCAACGGUUGUUGCAACAACUGCUUGCGGAGCUACUUUUACUGUCGCUGCUCGGCGCCGUAGCGCACGCCACGCCCGUGUCUAGUCCCGAGAUCGCCAACAAAGCCGCACAAUCGCCCAAUAGUUUGCAACAGCAACAGCAGCAGCAACAACAGCAGCAGCAACUACAACAACAACUGCAACAACAACAAUUGCAGCAGGCGAAGCAAACUGCGCAGGCACAGGACGCUCAUCUGAACUCGCUCAGCGUCUAUGCGACCAACUACGAGAGCCUGGCAUCGGCUCAGGCCCAGGUGCAGCCAACACCCCAGGAGCCCGGCUUCAAGCCCUCCUACAAGUUACCAGAAAUGGAGACAAACUUCACGCCCAUGCAGAGCAGCUCGCUAGCAGCGGCAGCUGCGAAUGCCGCCAACCUGCCCAGCACUCCGAUGCUGAUGCAGUAUCUGCCCUCGCAGCCCUUGCAUGAUGGCAGUGGCACUAUCCAGUAUCUGCAGCUGAUUCCCACACGCCCCAUCAUCGUGCCCAUCAGUCCCUAUCUGUCCGCGCAUACUCAGACGCCGGCACUUAACCCGAACGUGGCUAGCUCCACGGACUUUGCAAGCCGUCCGUCCGCGAUGCUGACGGCUCUGCCGGCCAAUACUGGGGUUACGGGCUUACACUAUGCCACGGCUGGGGGUCUGCACGGCUAUGCCGCUGCUAUGGCGCCCGCCUAUCGAAGCAGCUACCGCAUUAAUCGGGAGACCAAGGACAAACACUAUCCAGCGACCUUCACCCUCAAUCUGAACGAGUAUUUGCCAAUAGCGGGACAUCAUGAUUCGACGAUCGCGGCCUCGCAUCCACAGCCACAGGUGUAUUUGAGGAGCAGGUCGUGA